GAUAGAAUCGCGGACUGCAGCUCCAGCAUGGCGCGUGUAAGGAGGUGCAUGUACAUUCGGAAGUUGGACAGAACCAUGUGUGGUUUAGCUUGGUUUGUGGGUGAUGGGUUGCCGUUGAUUUGGCCAAGUGCUUUCUGAGCGAUCUCCCGAUUUUGAAAUUGUUCCGAAUUUCGUUUCGCACAAUCUCGCUCGGCCGAGUGGGCCUGUGUUGCUAGUUCCGCUCCCUCUCUCCCUCCCCCCACUUCGGGUCGAAUACCCAAGCUCUCCGCUGGCCCCUUCACCCCUCGCCCAAGCGUGGUUACCCCGUCCCCCUACACGACCCCGUGGAUAGCUCGCUAUCCUUGACGACCCGCACGACAUUGUAAUCAAGGGACAUAUUCUGCUCUCAGAAGUGUUCCGACGGAUUCAGCUAUCCCUACCCAUUAUGACCUCUUCAUCUCGGCUUCAAAUCGACACUUCGGUCUCGGCAGCGCCAGUACCGUCGUCCUUGAAUGCCAAGCCGUCGACAAACACUCUCACGGUCUCCAGUGCUAAACGUUCGCGACUCAGGAGCGCAUCCAACGCCUCGUCCACGUCCUCCAUCUCCAUAUUAUCGCCACAAUCUUCAUCUACCAAUGCUUCCGCUUCCACAUCCUCCCUCCAUCUUCCCAUCAGAAGCGUCGCAGCUUCAGACCCGCAGUCGCGUCCCACGAGCCCGUCGGAAUCGGUUUACGAUGAAACCAUACGCAUGAAUGUUCCCGAAUACGUGCUUGCGAUGCACGAUUACGCUCCACAACAUCAGACCGCGACUUGUCUGUCUUUUCGUGCUGGUCAAGUCAUCCAUGUCCUCAACCGCGACAAUAGUGGAUGGUGGGAUGGAGAGUUAGAGGGUAGGAGGGGUUGGUUUCCCAGCAACUACGUGAAUACGGACAUCGAGACUUUUGCUGAAGAGGAGCACGUAUCAACAGCCUCGAUGUCAAGAAGUCGGGGUCAUGCGCAUACACUCUCCGCAAGCUCUGCAGCAUCUCAUGACAGCUCGACGUCCCGCAGUGCUUCACAUACCCGACGACCGUCAAUAUCAGAGGCUCUCGGUCCCGACAUCGAUUCAUACUGUCCUCCGAUCAUGGUCCCCCUCCUCCACGGGCUUUCGUUACUACAGAGUGCCGUGCGUUCAAAUCGAAUAUCUCACUUCCAACCUUCCACGGCGUGCAUCAUCUCCUGCGUCCGAUCCGUGCUCUCCGCAACAGACACGCUUGUUCGCGACGCGCCGAUACUCAGUCGGUUCCCAGCGCUCGCCCAGGAGCGACGAAGGAUAUUGUCUGUUUUGGCGUCUCUGGUCGCUCAGGCCAAGCGUGCUUCUGAAGAUGGUCUCGAUGAGGCAAGUCAGGAAUCUCAGGUCGACGGAAUGGUCCGUCUCGGGGGGCAGGUUUUCGCUAGCGUUCGGAGAUUUCUCGCCGUCGCUGUUCAGUGUGGAAUAGAGCUGCCGGAGAGAAGACAGUCGGUCGGGUCGCUCGCAGGUUCUACCGAUACAGAAGCUGCAUCGUGGGAUAAUGUGGACCCGGCUGAAGCUGAAGCAUUGGAUCCCGGUUUCAACCACUCCAAUCGCGUGACACCAAGGAAGGAGGGCAGCGGACUUCGUGCUAAAAGUCUAGUCGAUCUCAGACGUUCCACAAGAACAUCAGUGGAUGAUGUGUCAACUCCGGUUCCCUUGCUGCCUACAGGAAUUAAGCUUCCGUCGAAGAGCAAGGCAGAGCAAUAUCUGUUCAAGGAGCGUGUUCUUAGGCACCGAUCGAAUGGACACUCUGUGGACAGCACUUCUUCGUCGUCUUCGUUUUCGUCGUUGGAGGCUCCGCCAACGCGACCGUCGUUUCCUGUAGGACCCUCGACCACCGCACAGGUGAUGGAUGCCUUGCGCUCCACCCAUGACCAAUAUCUGUCGUCAAUUGCCGCCUUCAUUGGACACGCACAUUCGCAUUCACGCUCCUCGCAUGCCUCCAGCACCGGUCAUAUGUAUGAGCUGGUCCGCGAGAUCGUGGAGAUGGUGUGCAAGCUUUUGACUAUCGUCGACGCAGUUCUCCAGCAUCGGGAUAUCCCAGCCAAUAAGCUGUCGAAUCUGCAAGCCGCCAAGGACGGACUCUACGAUGUGACCAGCACGCUCGCAGAAUCUGUUCGGGUGCUCACUGUAACGGUGGCACCGACCAUGUCUGAGGAGGAAGAGAAGCAGGCGCUUUUGCGGUCAGCAACUGGGGCUCUCAAAGUCGGUGCUGAUUGUGUGGCUGCAGUCAAGAUGUGUCUGAGCCGAUCGAGCGGGGAGCGUCCAUUCAUCCUCAAUCUACCCAACGCUUCAGAAAGCAUAUCAUUCACCCCCAGCAAGUUCUCGAUCAAGCCUCCUCUCGCGAGAUCAAGCAGCAUGGGCGCUUUGAAGUAUGCUUACGAAGAGGAGUCUACCCAGCCGACGCCCUCCCGAGCGUUGGCUGAAAUUUCGUCUGGGUCGGAGAGCAGCGGGUUGUCCCACUCGAGUUCAGUGCAGUCGCAGGACACACAUGUCACAUCACCGGACAGCGGCCUCCACAGUGAUGCACUGAGCGAGCUGCCGCCUCUCUCGCCGACGUCUCUCAUGAGCGGGGACGAUGGCACAACCUGGGAAGGCAGUCGUAACCACGCAAGUGAGGAAAAGGCACUGGAAGAGAAAAUCUUGCGCGGAGAGCUGCCCUCUGUUCCACCCGAGGAGGCGGGCGCGCUGUUGCAAGAUCCCGUUGCAUGGAUGCUAUCGCAUGACUACUUGACGGAAGAUGUGGCGUACAACAACGACGGCCUCCUUGUCGGCGCUACACUCGAUGUCCUGGUCGAGAAGAUGACACCGCAUGACAGCAUAGUGGAUCCUGCUUUCUCUGCUGUCUUCUUCUUGACGUUUCGGCUGUUCUCGUCGCCGAUCGAGCUAGUCGACACGAUUAUCCGACGGUACAACCUUGUUCCGCCAGCGGGCAUCUCGAACGAAGACAUCCAGCUUUGGCAGCAGCGCAAGGGCAUCCCGGUGCGGCUGCGCGUGUCCAACUUCAUCAAGCUGUGGGUGGAAAUCUACUGGCGGGCGGGUGUUGAUGAGUCAGCCCUCGAGCCUUUGAUCAAUUUCACGCACAAUGGUUUGGCUGUGAUGUUCCCUGGCCCUGCACAGCGAAUCAAGGACCUUCUCGAUCUCCGGGUCAAGUCAGUUGUCAGUCCCAAGAGUGAACGCACGCGCGACCCAGGGAUGUCGAUCAACCCGCCCUUGGCGCCUCUGGUGGUGGGCGAGAUCCCGCGGCCGUUAAUGACCAAGACGCUCCUCUCGCAUCUGCGGUCCAGGAAUUUUGCAGCAAUCGCUAUCACGGAUUUCGAUGCGCUGGAGCUUGCGAGACAGCUGACGAUCAUGGAGUGCAAUCUCUACUGCGCAAUACAGCCCGAGGAGAUCUUGGAGACUGGGCAAGAAGGAGCCAAGCCGCCUCUUAACGUCAGGGCCGUCUCUUCGCUGAGCACAGCCAUCACUGGCUGGGUUGCAGAGAGCAUCCUCAGCGAACCUGAUGCGAAAAAGCGCACGCUGCUCGUCAAGUUCUUCAUCAAAGUCGCUGAUCGGUGUUCGUCGCUGAACAACUUCAGCACCCCGAGAUCGAUGUUGGCUGCUCUAGAUUCCUCAACCAUCUCGCGCCUGCAUCAGACCUGGCUUGGUCUACCGCAGAAAAACCGUGCGCAACUCGAGACAUUGCGACGUCUAGCAGACCAUUCCCGCAACUACCACGAGUACCGUUCAAAACUACGGAGCACUGCUCCCCCUGCUGUCCCGUUCCUCGGACUAUACCUGACCGACGUUACGUUCUGCCGAGAAGGCAACCCAUCCCACCGAACUUCUCCUGUGAAUGCAUCGAAGAAAUUAAUCAACUUUAACAAAUACCACAAACUAGCUCGGAUCGUGCAAGACAUGCAGCGAUUCCAGGUCCCGUACCAUCUCAGGGGAAUUCCUGAAGUUCAACAGUACCUCACUGGCGCGUUUGAGAUGUCCAAGCACCACGGAGAUCUCCAAGAUCUGUAUCGACGAAGCCUUCUCGUCGAACCACGGCAGCCGGCAGACAACUCGGCAGCCCCGGAUAUGCGACCUUUGUUCGGUUGGGCCAGCAGGUCAACGGCCCCGACACCUUCAUGAGGAUCCGCGUCGUCUGUUCCAGUUGUGUCCUCCUUUGCUCUGCAUGCCACAUCCUAGCCUCUUCUUUCUGGAUUCAUCUCGCAUAUGUCAUUUGUUCAUAUCUGUCCUGCAUAUUAACCAUUAUUGUUGUUAUGUCUGUAUCCAUACAUACUGUUCAUCCAUGUCAUUUCCGACGGACGAUUGGUGGCUGUGCACUAUCUCUUCUCAUACAUUAACCACCAGACCAAUGCACUUGUCGCGUUUACGUUCCACUUUGCCUCGCGCGCCGCGUCGGUUCUUCGCGUCAACACAAAUCUCGCGAAAUAAAGCGAGCACGAGCGCGAACGCGAAUGCGAAGCUUCCGGCAGGCUCUCCGUCAACACCGAAUGAACCAGGCGGUCGGGGCGAUUUCAGAAGUCCUUGGUUCUUCAAAGCUGUCGGAGUCGGUAACUUCAUUGUCAUUCCAGGUGCGAAUAGCGAAUGACACUCCUGCGCUCACUUGACUGAAUGAGCAUACACCAAGCUGUCGGCAUCUACGCGUUGUUUUUCUGGGACUGGGGAAACGACGACAGAGAGACUGUCGUGCAGCCCGCAAGAAGGUGGCUGCAAGAAAAAAGGGACGCCUUCUACGGUGUUUCGUCCGAAGCGGACGGCUCUUUGGAUGCCCCUCCCCUCGACACAUCGAGGCUAUCGACUGCUGGGCUGCCGAAAGGCUUUUUCAAGCCGUUCUUCCGCGUUCUUGGAAUCCAGCCGGGAGGGCCUGCGGAAGUCGCGGGCUUGCAUGAAGAAGACUUGGUGAUGUCGUUUGGAGAGACUCCGGUGAGAGACAUGGCGCCGAAAACGUACUCCCAGAUGAUCCGGGCCGCCACGGAACAAGAGACUCCCUUGGAACUACUUGUUCUGCGAGACGGAAAGCAUCUUUUGCUCCUGCUGACACCCACACAAGAAGCUGGAUUGGGAUGCAAUUUCCAGAGAUACCAGCCCGGAGAAGUCACGCGCGAUCGGAGAAGCUAAUAUACAUUUGGUUUACGAGGCUGAUGCAGCCCGGAAUUCAAACAGAGGGUCGUCGGACUCGUCGAUCCCCUGUAUGCGGGGGAUGGGGUCGAAUAUGAUCUGCUUUUGCGCGACAGCAUUGUCUGGGACGAGCGUGUCCAGGGAGAAGAUACCUAGCACUAUCUUCUGUCUGUCUGCAGGCCAUGCUACCGUCGUGUCAUCAACGUUGUCGCCGUCCUGUGCGACUUGCAGCAGGAUCUCAAAGGAGAUAGGGCCCCGCGCGAUGCGCGCCUGAAGCUCGUCGAACAGAUAGCUCUCGCCCUUGGCUUUGGCCGUCACUUGGUCGAGAUAUUGCGCGCCUGCGCUUGGAACGAUCGAAUAUCUCCCGUAGCGUGUCUCCCCCGUCCGGCUGGUGAACUUGAAAGCGUGCAGUGCGUAGUACGCCUCGUUAGCGAAACUGGUCGAAAAUGGUUUCGGGGUCUCGACAAACGUCUUUGCCGCCGGAUGCGAGACCAAGAAGUCUGCGACUGAGCCCUCAGCCGAUGCCCUCAUGAAUUCGAGGAAGCCCCGGCCGUCGUGAGCGGGAAAUGUGGGGGUGGAGAUCCCAAUGAUAUCCGUGUGUUUGUGCUCGGCGAGAUUGAAGCGGAGAGCGACCCCUCGUGGGUUUGCGUUCGGAUCGUUGUCGGGAAUCAGAGGCAAGCCCGUUGAGCUCGAGAAGCGAGCCGUCACAGGCGUGGAGGCUUGGUGAAAGUGGGGCGCAGCACUGAGCGCAGCCGCGUCGGGAGUCGGUGUGAAUGAUCCCGUCAGCAUCACUCCACGAGCAUGGCUGGGUCGGAACCCAGGAUGCAGCUCAAACAUCUGGUCGAAGAGCGCGAUGAUUUCCUCGCUGGGACAUGUUCAGUCUCUUCUUGAGAUGGCCAGCAGGCGGAUGCUUGCCUGAGAGUCACAAGCUUCUGGUCAGAGGGAAGAGGCAUGUCGAGGUGUUGAGCUGCUGAGUUAAUUCGGGUUUAUAAAGACGCUCCACAUCGUGAUUCAUUCCUAUUCCAUGGCCAAUGGAUGGAUCGCACAUAGAGGGGAUGGCGUCAAGAGGAUGAGAUCAUCCGCGUUCACGCGACGCGUUCAUUCAAUCGUGAUCUACUCACGUGCCAUGAUUACGCUGCCGAAUGGGGAAACCAAAUUUUAAGCUUGAUCUUCCUCCUCCCAUGGCACGCAAACGCAAAAACCGAACCCAUCUUAAGGGCGCACAGCCUGACACCAACACACACGAAGGCGACCCAAGUCGUUCAUCAUCAAGCAUGGUCAGGUCGGCCACUCCAUCUCUCAACUCGUCCGCGAUUUGCGCAAAGUCAUGGAACCUAAUACGGCCAGUCGGUUACGGGAAAGACAACGGAAUAAGCUGAAAGAUUACCUCACCAUGGCACCCGCUCUGCAUGUCACACAUCUGCUAGCCCUCACCGUCACGGAUGUUGCGCCGUCUCUGCGAAUAAUUCGAUUGUCCUCAGGUCCAACAUUGAGCUUCCGGAUCGAACGCUACAGUCUGAUGAAGGAUAUACUCAACUCAUCGCGGAGAGCACGGAGUAUCGGGAUGGAAUACUUGAGCCCGCCUCUCUUAGUUCUGGCCUCAUUCCCGCCUCCUGGACCAGGGACACCCCCGCAUCUCACUCUCGUGAUGAAGUCCUUCCAAUCGCUCUUUCCGUCACUCUCCCCGAAGAACCUGGCUUUAUCAUCCGCUCGACGGAUAGUCCUGGUCGCUUACAAUCCGGAUAGAGGGACCGUCGACAUCCGACACUACGUCAUCACUGUCCGUCCGUACGGGAUUUCUCGCCGUGUGCGCCGCGUUCUUGAGGGCGCGCGUGGCCAGGAGGUGUUGGAUCUGGGCAACGAGCGCGACGUCGCAGACUUCUUGUUGCGGAAACGAGGAGAGCUGGGUCCUGACGGCGGAUACGAGAGUGCCGCGUCGUCAACAGAGAGUGUAGCAGGCGAUGAUGCUGACGCGGUGGAUCUGGCGGACGACUACGUCGGUCGGAACAACAAGAAGGGCCAGAGGAAGGCGGUCAAGCUGGACGAAGUUGGCCCGCGGCUGGAGCUGCGUCUGGUCAAAAUCGCAGAGGGUGUUCCAGGAAAGGAGGGUGCCGUGAUUUAUCACGAAUUCGUGAAAAAGUCUAAAAAGGAGGUGGCUAAUCUCCAGGCUUCCCAUCUCGCCAAGGAGAAAUUGAGGAAAGAGCGACGAGAGCAGCAAGAGCGGAACGUAGCUGCCAAGAAAAAGGGCAAAGCAAAGGCAGGAGACGAAGACGACGAGGAAGAGGGCGAGGACCAGGAAAACGAUGAGGGAGACAGCGUCGAUGAGGCGGACGAAGUUUAUGACGAUGAAGAUGAGGGCCACUGGGAUGAAGAUGAGGAAAUAAGCGAUGGAGAUGAGGAAGCCGAGGAAGAGCCUGACGAGAGCAGUGAGGAUGAGCAGCCGGUCAGGCCAGUCAAGAGGGCUAAAAUUCGGGCUAAAAGAUAGCAGAGCGUGAAAUGAAUAUGUCCACCUGCAGCGAUACCCUCAGCUCGCGCACGACGCGUCUGAUCGUGCAUGCACAUGGCCUGUGACCGUGGGAAUCACUUUCCUUAUUCUCACAGUCUCACAACAAACCACGCCUCGCUUAAAUUUCUCUCGCUCUGCGUCGAAAUGCCCACACCGGCGAGCACGCUCAAAGCGUCUCUGGAAGCUCACAACUCAACAUUCGAGUCCCUCCUGUCCCUCAUCCCGGCAAGAUAUUAUAUAUUGCCGGAGUUGACAGAAGAGCAGGCCGCGUCCAAAUUCCAAAAACACAGCAAGAAACAAAAGGCACCCAAGCAAGCUAUCAAGGAGGCCUCCAAGAAGGCAAGGCGCGAGAAGCUUGAUCCCGAAAACCACAAAACCAUCGUCGAGCUCCAAAAUGAAAGCGCUUCCUUCAAGUCUCUUACGAAAUCCUCUGCCAAAGGAAAGCGCAAAGCUGCAGAGGACGAUGACGAUGAUGACUCGGAUGAGGAUAUGUCUAUGGCCGUAGAUGUGGAUCUGGGCUCGGAUGAUGCUGUGAAGAAUGACGCAGACGCGGAGAUGACGGAUCUUGUGCCCAUGCCUGCUGAAGGUGGUAUCGAGGCGUUGCGGGAAAAGCUGCAUGCACGCAUGGCAGCACUGCGCCGGGGUGGUCAGCGGGUGCUUGGGAGUCCCAUGGGAGACAAGGAUGCACUGUUGGACGAGCGUAGACAGCAGAGGGCAGCGAUGAGAGAGCGCAGGAGGAAGGAGACCAAAGAGAAGAUACGGAGAGAAGAGGAAAUGAAGGGCAAGGGCAAGGGCAAAGAGAAGGAAAGAACGAAGGGAAACAUUGCACAGACGCAGUUACUCGUAUCUGAUUCCGCAUCCUCUCAGCAUCCGGCGCCUGGGUCUGCUGCUUCAAAAGUCACAACAGUCGCGUUUGCCAAUGUUGCUGGCUCUUCCUCCAAAUCGCACAACCUCAAAACAUCUUCGAAUCCCACUCAAGCCCUUGCGCAGAUCGCCUCUCGCAAGGAAAAGCUAGCCGCGUUGCCGGAAGACAAGCGCAAAGCCAUCCAAGAGAAGGAGAAAUGGGAGAAGGCUGCAGCGCGACUCGAGGGAGUCAAAGUUCGCGAUGACGAAGGCCGGCUGAAAAAGGCCGUGAAGCGGAAAGAGAAGGAAAAGGGGAAAAGCAAGCGCGACUGGGACGAGCGCAAGGAGCAGCUUACAGCGUCUUUGGCAGCCAAGCAGAAGAAGCGUACUGACAACAUUGCUAUGCGAAACGAGAAACGUAAAACGGGCGGUAGCAAAGGCAAAACAAAAGCUCGGCCAGGUUUCGAGGGCAAGUCCUUCGGCAAAAGUGGAAAAGGCAAGGGCGGUAGCAGUGGAGGGAAGAAAUCCAAGUAGUGCACAGGAUAAUGCAUCCCAUACCCAUAUGGUCUAGUGAUGAGUCCCGUUGUAGUCAAGCUCGGUUACAGCAAGGCUCAUUCUGAAUCCAGCGGAUGGCUGCUCGGCCCGAUCAGACCCAUGUGAAGCCAGACCUUCCUCUGUGCCGGAGAUCCAACAGCCCAUCCGCCCAGCUUAGAGAAAUCGGGCAUUGUCAGUGUGGCGGGCACCAGAUUGAUCGAGACGAACCAGGGUAGUUGGCAACGGAAUAGCGACCGAAGUAAUAGCCCGUGGCAAAUGUCUCCGAGGGAUCGAAGAAUCUGGAGGUCUUCGAGCGAACAAUUAGAUGCAUUGGGCGACGAACGCUUACUUUGGCGGAGACGUGAACAGCCACACUGUGAGUGCGAAGCUUGAUACACCGUAAUCUGCGAUGGACUGGUAGUCAAAGUUGAAUUGCGUAUUCGGUGAGAUGAAGGAGUGCUUCUUGGGAAGCAAAAUCGCAGGUGUAGCCGCACAGACAGCCGGAAUGGCUAGAAGAGUGCAGCAAAGAGUCUUGAAGAGCAUUGGUCGUUGCUGGCCCUGGUUCAAUCAUGAGGUAUUUUGUAGUCCUAAGAGCAACGAGCGCAUUACGCUCAUCGCUUCGCACGCGGUUGAUCCGUGAGGUCGAGGAGCAGAAGCCAGGGUCAGGCGCCGCACGCCAAUGGAGCGAGACUUGCCUCAAACCAACGCGGUCAGGGACCGAGCAGUCAUGGCUCACGAGGACCAGUCAAUUGGAUGGCCGGAUGCUCGUACAAUGCGAGGUCGCUAUUAUGUAGUGCAGUACAAUUAUUCAAAAGUGCUGGGUAUCCGGUCAGUCACAGUCAAGUGAAGAGCAGGGCCGUUGGAAUUCACCGGAUGCAUCUCUAAUCUGGUCGUGGAUCAAUCGUCUCUCCAGUUGACAAGCCCCGAUGACCAUCUAUCCUCCCAUAUGGCUCGUUUGUGAUAAGCCUUCCUUGAUUCCUUAAACUCCCGGAUGAAGUCAUCGACUUCCCGUGCAGCCGUUGCCGCGUUUUGUGGGUCAAUCGCGGAUUGCUGAACAAACGCAGACGCAAGGGCUUCAGAGGCAUCAUCUUGUGCAACUUUGCUGUGCUUAAGCCGCAUAAGGAGAAACUGAGGACUAAAACGCUGCGAAGUUGGUCAACAGGCGCUUCCACUGAGAUGUAUGCACACGAAACGCACUUGAUACACCUCAUGUUGCUCUUUCUCCAGCUCCUUCCAUCUCGCCAGAAGCCGCUUCGCUUCAUCGAAUGCCGCCUGCGUCUCUGCACGUAAUUGGUGCAACGGAUCUUGCAGCGACAUAUUAUGUUCUGACUCCAUCAGUUCGCACCUACCAAGGGUUCCAGCGUACUCACUAGCAAUAGACUCAUUAGCCAUCCCCAGCUCGGCCUGAGAUUCAUACAUGGCCUUGACGCGUGGAAGCGAGUGGAACAUGGCUUGGAAAUAGACGGGGUCGUUCAACAUGUCUUCAAGAUCCUCUCGGCUGGAGUUGAGAGUUGGGUCAACCCAUUGAAAACGAGGGCAUAGUAGGUUCCGCACGAUAGUCCCGCAAGUUCUGGAAAAUCUCUGACCAGAGGUGAGUUCAUGCUGAACUGAACCAACUUGGCCGGCCGCAACUGUGAC